AUGAAGGUUCUGUGGAAAUGCUUAAUUACCUGUUGCAUAUUCCUAUCGCGAAAUAGAAAUAGAAAUUUCAUAAAAUGCAAAAAUUUGAAAAAUAUUCACCUGUUUGACAUGUAUACAAGUUGGAACGAUAAUCGCGCAUACAGUGGUAGUAGUGGUAAUAGUAGUAGUAGUAGUGGUAGUAGUAGUAGUGGAAUGAAGACAUCUUGUGAUCGAAAAAGGAAAUUGAAUAGGAUACAAAAAUAUGCUAUGAUAUUACCCCGCAUGGGGAAAUUUAAUAUGCACGAGUACAGGAACCGUAUCACAAAACGACUAUUCACAAUUAAGCCUCAUAACAAACCUGUUAAGAGUGACACCAUAGAACCAUCUAUAAGUGUUAAGAAACACAUGAGAACUAAAUAUAACUUAGGGAACGCUAAUUAUAGAAUACAAAAAGAAUUACACAACUUUUUAAAAAAUCCACCCAUUAAUUGUACUAUAGAUGUGCAUCCAAAUAAUAUCAGAAUUUGGAUUGUUAAAUAUGUAGGUUUGGAAAAUACUAUAUAUGCUAAUGAAGUAUACAAACUUAAAAUUAUUUUUCCUGAUGAUUAUCCAUUAAAGCCACCCAUUGUAUAUUUUUUACAAAAACCACCUAAGCAUACGCAUGUUUAUUCUAAUGGAGACAUAUGUUUAAGUUUACUUGGUGAUGAUUAUAAUCCUAGUUUGUCUAUCUCUGGUUUAGUAUUAUCCAUUAUAUCUAUGUUAUCAUCAGCAAAAGAAAAAAAACUUCCCAUUGAUAACUAUACACAUGCAGAUGCGAAGCCGGGAAGCAAUCAAAACAAUUUUCUUUAUCACGAUGACAAAUGCUGA